AUGCAAUAAGUAAAUAUAUUAGGUCUUAAUUAAUUAGGAUUUAGGGUAUAUAGUAAAGUGAUAUUAAUUAAUAAAAAAAUAAGUAAUUAAUUAAUUAUUGUCUUUAGAUAAUAAAAAAAAAAUAAAAUGAUUUAGAAAUAAAAAUAGAAAUAUAAUUAAAUAGAAGAAUUUAUUAACUCUUCAUUGAUUGAUCAUGUUGAUCUUACUCUCAAUUUCAUGUUCAAUAAUAUUAAUGAUGAAAAAAUUUGUGAGAUAGGAAGCUCAAUAUAAUAAUGCUCAAAUCUAGAAGUUUUACUUCUCAAAAUUGAAUAUAAUAAGAUUAGCUUAAAAGGAGCAUCUGAAUUAGGAAUUUGUUUAUCAAAAUGCAAAAAAAUAAAAUCUUUGAUUGUAGAUCUAGAAAACAAUAAAAUAGGAGUUCAGGGUAUUUCUAAUUUUAUUGCUAAUCUUCAAAGCUUAGAUUAUUUAUCUUUUUUGCAGCUUAAUCUCUUGAAAAGUAAUAUUGGUGAUUAAGGGCUAUAUAAUUUAGCAUAAAAUUUAGUGAAAUUUCAUAGUCUAAAUACUUUAAUACUUAAUCUUGAUGACAGUAAAAUAUCUAAUUAUGGAAUUUCUGGAUUCCAAAAUCUAAUCAAUAUUUACAAAAUAAUCUUAAGACUAAAUAAUAACACUAUUGGAAGCAAUAAUAAAGUAGAACUGUUACCAUCAACUUUCUCCAACUGUGAAAAUCUGAAAUAUAUCUAACUUGGUAUUAAACACAAUAGUAUUUUUGAUGAGGGCUUAUUAGGGCUAGGCCAUGCUUUAGCUAAUUGUGUUAAUCUCCGUACUUUAGAUAUAGAUUUAUCCCUAAAUCAAAUAUCCGAUGCAGGUCUAACUGGUUUCAGCAAUCUUUUGGCAAAAUGCCAUAAUAUUUCCACUUUCAAUUUAAAUUUGACAUAAAAUAAUUUAGUGGGAUAAGGAGUAUCUAACUUAGGUUUAGCUUUAGAAAAAAUGAGUUUUAUUUAAAACUUAGAAAUUUUUUUAGGGUCGAACAAUAUUAAUAAUUAAGCCUUACUAUAAUUUUGCAAUUCUUUACGUAAAUGCAAACAGCUCCUAAGUUUAUAACUUGAUCUAUCAUACAAUGACCAUGAAAGAGAAUCAGAUUUUAAAUCAGAACUUUUUAAAAUAAAGAAAUUAAUUAAAUUUAGGCUUUUUUUUAAUUAUUGA